CGGCAUAUGACAGUCUUCAAAGGCCCCCAAAUUUGGCGCGAAGAUUACAUGACGAAGAAACCAAGAUGGCGAGGAUCGCUGUUGACGAGGAGGACUUGGCCCAGGAAUUCGGCACUUUUGACAUCAAAAUACAAGAUGAAGACGUUGUAGACAAAUUGAAGGAGUUAUGUAUGCUGUACCGGCUGGAUGCCUCAGACAUGGCAGACGAGUGGAUGGCCUUCUCCAUCUCCAACAACAGCGCCAGUCUCACCAUGGACAAACUGGAGCAGUUCGAACGGGAGAGGGCGAACAAGACCAAGACUCCCAAAGUGAAGCGAGAAAAGCCGGCAGCCGUGAUGCACGACAUCAGCAACAUCAACCCUGACGCAGAGGACGACUUGUUGGACGUGUACUCCACACCUGCAGCAAAGGGGAAGAACAAGCGCAUGUUGACCACUCCGGAGAACGUCUCAGUCGUGAACAAGAAGCUGACAUCGGUCUCAAGAAGUCCUGUGGUCCCCUUCUCACCCGGGUCAUUCUCACCUGUCAAUGCCACCCCAUCCCAGCAGUACCGCAGUCGCAGUGGGGCGGGGGAAACUAUGGUGACCUUCGGGGAACAGAGGGCAAAGUGGAAAGGUCAAGGGGCGGAGGGCGUGGCCAUCCAGCAGUACGACAGAGACAACGCCCUGACAGAGAAGUACAAGCACAUGUUCUACAGGGUCAUCGACAAGUCCAAUGUGCUGAAUGAUCUGAUUGAGGACAUGUCCAGCCAGCUGCAGCAGAGCCACAACAUGGAGAACCUGCAGCACCUGGCCUGGCCCUGCCAGGAGCCCAUCACAGUGAGCGGCCGUGUGUGCUGUGACAUGAGUACAGGCAGGCUGAACGCCCACUCGGUACUGCUGGAGGGGUCCAGGGAAACCUCUGCUAGGAAAACUGUGCACCUGGACCUGAGCGAGGUUUCGGAGUAUUCCCUCUUCCCAGGACAGAUUGUAGCUUGUGAUGGUCUAAACACCACGGGUAGCAAGCUGGUGGUGUCUAAGUUCUACCAGGGUGUCCACUUGCCGUUUGCUGAAGUGGACGAGACCAGUGAAAACUUAUCAGUUCCAGUCCAGGUGCUGGUGGCGGCUGGCCCCUUCACCCCGUCGGACAGCCUGGCGUACGAACCCCUGGAGGACCUGCUUAAGUACCUGAAGAGGGACCAGCCGGACGUCUGUGUGCUGAUGGGGCCGUUUGUCGACUCCAAGCAUGAAAGCAUUGAGAAGUGCACCGUGGAGGUCCCAUACGAUGACAUGUUCAAGAAGAUAGUUCUCAACUUGAUUAAAGCCACGGAGGAGCUGGAGACCCAUCUGGUGUUUGUGCCCUCCCAGAGAGACGUGCAUCAUGAGUACGUGUACCCUCAGCCUCCCUUCACUGUGGAUGGGGUCAACUCUCCUAGAGUCCACUUUGUGUCGGACCCGUGCACCCUGACCAUCAACGGGGUGGUGGAGUUAGCCUCUGUCCUGUCUCUGUUUCAGAGAGUCCACUUUGUGUCGGACCCGUGCACCCUGACCAUCAACGGGGUGAGAGUCCACUUUGUGUCGGACCCGUGCACCCUGACCAUCAACGGGGUGGUGGAGUUAGGUGAAAUGUUUACCCACAUACAUAGAGUCCACUUUGUGUCUGACCCGUGCACCCUGACCAUCAACGGGGUGAGAGUCCACUUUGUGUCGGACCCGUGCACCCUGACCAUCAACGGGGUGGUGGAGUUAGCCUCUGUCCUGUCUCUGUUUCAGAGAGUCCACUUUGUGUCGGACCCGUGCACCCUGACCAUCAACGGGGUGAGAGUCCACUUUGUGUCGGACCCGUGCACCCUGACCAUCAACGGAGUGGGGAAGAUGCAGGAAAUGACAAGUCACUUUGGUGGAGGUGUAAUUUGUUGUUUCCCUUUUUCCAGAGGUUCCUCUGACAGGUUAGGCAGGCUUAUCAAGCACAUCCUCACUCAGCAAAGUUACUACCCCCUGUACCCCCCCUCGGAGGACGUGAACAUCGACUACGAACACUACGAGCAGUUCUGUCGGCUUCAGGCCACACCCGACGUUCUCAUCAUCCCCUCCGACCUCAGGUACUUUGUCAAGGAUGUGCUGGGGUGUGUCUGUGUGAACCCCGGCAGGAUAACCAAGGCUCAGACCGGAGGCACGUUCGCCCGCUUUGUCAUCCAGUGUCCUCCCUCCCCAACCCAAGGUGGUGCCGCCAGGAAGCCCAGGUGCACGGCUGCUGAAGUGGUCAGGGUGUGAAGACGACAGUUGGAAGAGCUUUCUGUACAUAGCUAUGUAAUUCAUUGUGAGAUCAUUCCAUGUGUAAUAACUUUCUCCGUUAUUUUCUAACCCAGUAAUACAUAUUUGUUGUGAAAAUUAAAAGAUCCCUGAUUUUAGGAUUUCACAUAUGUGAAAUGGAACAAAUUCUUAUAUGAUUAACGCUAGUUCACCUCAUCCACGGGAUAACCUACCUAUAUCCUUUGCUUUUAAAAACAGGAUAUUUAGGAAUAUCACGUCACUAGAUGCUGGUUUGAAAUUGCAAUAUUUUCAAAAUAUUGGAAUUUUUGUCAACUUGAUGUCCCUAAAUACCCUAAAUGUGUUAACAGACAUAGGACAAAGCUGUGGAUAAAGGAACUAGGCCAAGUGAUAUGCUCUCUUUCCAAAGUGUCAGAAUUGACUCCAUUUAGCACUGCCAACUUAUUUUAAGUGAAUGGCAUGGUGAGAAUCAAGAGUGUGCAGUUGAUAAGAUUCUUUGUACACGAACAAGAACUUUAUUCAAGAUCAACAUUUCAGUAACCAUCUGCCACCUUCCUCAGGGCAAUUCUGACCAGUUCUAUUAGGCACUACAAGUAAGUGUAGCCGUUAACAGUCUGAUAAGUAGACAAUAGCAGAUGUAGUCCUAAAUGUCAACUAUUUACAGUGUAUAAAUUAAAAGAUAGGUAGUACUUGUGUUGUGGUGUUUUCAAUGCAAUCCCAAAUGUAAAGUAUUUACAUGCCUGCCGUUAUAACAGAAUAUUGGGAAAUAAAAUUAGUACAUUUUA